CCCUUCGUUGCCCGGAAGCCCUUUCGUCCAGCCCAGUCGCUCGUUAUUAUUGACACCCUCACUCUCGUUAAACCCAGUCACUCGUUCAAAUCACUCACACUCGUUUACCUCGAAAAUACACUGCGCGCGACGAUAACCGCCUCCGAAACAACCUCGAGCAAUCGCGAAGAAAUCGGCAAACAUGUCCGACUUCUCCCUCUUCAGCCUCUUCACCGCGGGCCUCGCUUGCAUGAUCCCGCUCACUGCCGCCUACACUAAGCCAGUGGGCGAUCAGCCAAAGGGCAACCCAAUCUCCCAGCCAGGCCUCAACUCAGUUGUGCCAGUCGGUAAGCCCUUCACCAUCACCUGGCAGCCAACCACUCCGGGAACUGUCACUCUGGUCCUCCUCAAGGGCCCGAGCUCGAACGCUGUGCCACAGUAUCCAAUCGUCGAGAAGACCGAGAAUAAUGGCAGCUACGUCUGGACUCCAAAGGAUGACCUGGAGCCAACCGACAACGCUCAAGGAUACGGCAUUCAGCUGAUCGACGACGCCACCGGUCAAUACCAGUACACUACCCAGUUCGGCAUCUCCAACCCAGAUUACAAGAAGCCAGUGAGCAGCAGCAGCAGCAGCAGCAGCAGCCAGUCCAAGACCCCAACUGCCCCAACUUCUUCCAGCUACAACUCCAAGGCACCAUACCCAACGGAGACUCCUCUCGUCGUUACUGCCUACACAACCUACUGCCCAGAGAAGACGACUCUCACCUGGGCCAACUACACUUACACCACCUCUGGAACGAUCACCCUCCCAUGCCCAGGUGGUUGCACUGUCACUGCUCCAUACUCUGCUCCAAAGGGCACUGGCGUUCCCAGCUACCCCCAGAACAUCACCAUGGUCGCCCCCACUGGCUCCGUUCCAUCUACACUCUCGACUGCUUCGGCCACUUCUCCAAUUGCCAGCGCUACCUACCAGGGCCCGCCAGCAGCUUCCACCGGUGGUGCCUCCAGCCUGGCGAUGAGCUUCUUCGGUGUCGUCGCUGCGGGUGGUGCUGCUGUCCUCGCUAUCUAAGUGGAUCACAACUAGAGUCAGAAAGUGUGGCUGUGAGGAACUGUAUACAUUGGACCCGGCGCGGCAUUUGCGUUUCCUUGUAACGAAGAAUUGUGGUUAUGGCAGAUAGCCUGCUGAAAUGUGUACUUUACUCUGGCUCGCGCAGUCGACGCGAAAUGACAUCUGUAAUGUGCUGCCAUACAUCUCAAUCUUGCAGCGCGUCACUCCGAGACGCGAAUCAAUAGAACUCUGGGAUGUGAAGAUGGGCAGCGCCAAGUCAAGGUGGAUAAGCGCUACUGAUUUUAGGACGAACGCCAAGCGUGGAGGUACGGCAUCCUUCCAAUCCUUCCAAUAAGUAUCUUCUGCGCUUCGCUUCAAUUACACCGUAUAUUCACAGGUAAUGCAUUCAUAAAACAGGACGCACACAUUGUGCUCCCAGCAC